CCACAAAGAACUCCUUGGAGAGCAGCCUACGGCAACUAAAAUGCCAUUUCACCUGAAACUUGUUAGAGGGAGAAAAUUCCUUGGAUGAUUUUGAAGACAGAGUGUGUAACCAGAUUGAGUUUCAGAACCAUGAAUUCAAAGCCACAAUGUACAACAUAUUGGCCUACAUAAAACACCACAGAGGCCAAAAUGAGGCAGCCCUGGAAGGCUUACAACAGGCUGAAGAGUUAAUCCAGCAAGAGCAUGCUGACCAAGCAGAAAUCAGAAGUCUGGUCACCUGGGGAAACUAUGCCUGGGUCUACUAUCACAUGGGCAGACUCGCAGAAGCUCAAAUUUAUGUAGACAAGGUAAAACAAGUGUGCGAGAAGUUUUCCAGCCACUAUAGAAUUGAGAGACCUGAAAUAGAUUGUGAGGAAGGGUGGUCACGGUUCAAGUGUGGAGGAAACCAAAAUGAAAGGGCAAAGGCGUGUUUUCAGAAGGCUCUGGAAAAGAACCCAAAGAAUCCAGAAGUCAUCUGUGGACUGGCAAUUGCGAGCUACCGUCUAGAUAACCGGCCACCGCCUCAGAAUCCCAUUGACCCUCUGAGGCAAGCCAUUCGGCUGAAUCCUGACAACCAAUAUGUUAAAGUCCUCCUGGCUCUGAAACUUCACAAGAUGAGUGAAGAAGGUGAAGGAGAGAGGUUAGUGGAAGAAGCUUUGGAGAAAGCCCCGCAUGCAACAGAUGUGCUUCGCAGUGCAGCAAAGCUCUAUCGAAGCAAAGGUGCCCUGGACAAAGCUAUAGAACUGCUUAGAAAGGCUCUAGAACGCAUGCCAAACAAUGCCCACCUGCAUUACCAUAUUGGGUGCUGCUAUAGGGCAAAAGUCCUCCAAAUACAGAAGGUAGGAGAGAAUGAAACGUAUAGGAAAAGAGAGAAGGUACAGGAACUAAUAGGACAAGCUGUGGCUCAUUUAAAGAGAGCUGAUGAGAUCAAUGGAAAUCUCCCCGAUGCCUGCUCCUACCUUGCCUGCUUCUAUGCACAAGCAGGUCAGUAUGAGGAAGCAGAGUAUUACUUCCAAAAAGAAUUCAGCAAAGAGCUGACUCCUGUAGCCAAACAAGUGCUCCAUCUGCGAUAUGGCAACUUUCAGCGGUACCAAAUGAAGUGUGAAGACAAGGCCAUCCUCCAUUUUAUAGAGGGUGUGAAAAUAAACCAGGAGUCCAAGGAGAAAGAAAAGAUGAAAGACAAGCUGAAAAAAAUUGCCCAGGGUAGACUUUCUAGAAAUGGAGCAGAUUCUGAGGCUUUGUCUCUCUUGGCGUUUCUUCAGGAGGUGAAUGGAGAAUCGGGGCAAGCAGGUGAAAAUUCUGAGGGGGCUUUGGACUCUGGAGGCCUCUUCCCUUCAGCAUCUUUAGCUGAGGAAUGAGGAACUGGGACAUGGUGCCCUCAGGGCUACUGCUGGAAGGGAGCUGAAACCCCGCCAGCAAGUUGGUAUUCAAAAUAUUAACAACUGGGGUGGCAUAGGCAUGGACUAAGACACUGGCCACCGGACUGGAUCAGGGAUAUGGAGAACAUUACCAGGCCAAGUGUGAACACUUGAAGUGCUCAGGGCGUUCUGGGAGAGGCACUAGAUUGGGACAGGUCCUGGGGCUUGGUAAGGGGGCUAUUUCCCAGUGGACUUCUUGGGACCAGUUUGCACGGGGACAUUUGCUUAGUCACCUCCCACGCGUGGGGUUUGUUUCUAUGUUGAUAGAAAGCAGCCAGAUUGCUCACAUCGGUAACACUGUGGUCCAUUUUUGCAAUGUUUUUCCAUCCUUAGAGUCAUUUUAGAUCCUCUACAGUUCGGCCCUGCAUAGACACAAAUGUCCUGUGUCCAUCCAAAGGCUAGGGGACCAAAGCUUAGAUAGGACUGGGUGUCCCCUCUCUCUGACUUCUGCCUUCUUCCCCCUCCUCCUCCUCACACAAUCCUCAAUCUAGACUCCCCUACACAACAUGGGUUCAAUUGUCUCAUUAACUGAGGUGGGAAUGUAGUUUGAAAAUAAGAGCAGAGAACAGGUCAAAUCUGGAAGGAACACAGUUAGGAGAAGCAAUGGGGUCCAGCCAACCACAGUACCAUUUUUCAGGAGCCACACGGGGAAAUUUCACCUCUUCUCUGCCCUCCCU